AUGAAGUCUUCCACUGUCGUCAUGCUGGCUUCAGCCGCUGUUGGCCAGGCCAUUCAACAGUGCUCCGGCGUUGCUAAGAACGAGGGUGGCAACUGGUGGUGCGGUGCUGUCGACCAGAUCCUGUACUCUAACGUCGGCCACCCAGGCACUUACAAGGCUGUGAGCAACAUGGCCGAUGACGGAUCCUGCUCCUUUGAGGAUGUCCCCUUCUCUGGUCCCCUGGCCCCUUUCAACGAAGAACUUGUCCCCGUCUUUCGUGGUCCUAUGAACCUCAAGCAGGUAGCCAUCUACAACCUGUCUCCCAAGGCCAAGCGGUCUCCUGCUGUUUCUCACAGCCAUGCCCGCCGUCACGGCCACCAUGGCCACCAGCACUUGCACAAGAAGCAUGCUGAGCAUGAGCACAACGAGGAGAAGCGUGGCGACGUCUGGGUCACCGCGACCAUUGACGGCAUUGUCCAGUCUUGGAUCAACACCUACCAUGGCCCUACCCCUGAGGCUGCCCCUCCUGCCCCUCCUGCCAUCGCUCCCAUCGCCCCGCCUGUUGCGGCCCCAAGCCCUACCCCCGCUCCGUCUAAGCCUGCUGUUGCUGCUGCGGCUAUCCCUAAGCCUGCUAGUAACUCCAAGGCUGCCGGCUCCAGCUCGGGCACCGCCACUGGCGAUUACACCCGCGUUGGCUACUACAACGCUGACAAGGCUGUUGCUGAUGGCAUCGUCUUUCUCGGCAACUACGGUGGCCAGGGCUCCGGCAAGUUUGACAACGUCUUUGGCAACUCUCUGUCGUACCUGAACUCUGAUGCUACCGGUGGUGCCGCCUCCCCUCAGGUCCUGAACCCGGUCACCCUCAAGUCCAACCAGGAGUUCCUUAUUGCCAGUGACAAGUCUUGCGACGACGGAGGCUGCGGCUACUCGCGUCCUGGUUCAGUUGCUUACCACGGCUUCAAGGGUGAGGACUCUGUUUGGCUCUUCGAGCUCAACAUGCCCCUUGACGGUACAUCGGGUUUCAACGCAGACAUGUCCGCGCUCUGGUUCCUCAACGCUCGCAUCCCUCGCACUGCCCAGUACAACAAGUGCUCCUGCUGGCCUGACUGCGGUGAGCUCGACAUCCUCGAGGUCCUUGCCCCUGGCGAUACCAAGUGCAAGUCCACCUUCCACUCCAACGUUCCUGGAGGUUCUUCCGAUUACUUUGACCGUCCUACUGGCAAGCCCAUCAAGGUCGCCGUCGUCCUCGAUGGUGGCUCAGGCCAAGUCUCUGUCAAGGUUCUCAGCGACAACGUCGACUUCUCCACUGGCCUCUCUCGCUCGCAAGUUGACAGCUGGCUCUCAGCCGAUUCCUUUUCGGCCGCCAGCACCGGUGGGAAAACCAACAGGGUCAGCUUGUUUGCUCUUUCUUCCUAA